UGUUGUUCAGUUUAGCCGGGACAAGCCAAGUCAUAUCCGUGUUCCUCACUCGCUGGGAUGCUCGCUAGGCAACCGGUGGGCUGUAUUCUCUCGUGUAUGUGAUACGUGCGGGUACCCUCCCGUCAACUGGAAUGAAAAGUGCGCUCACACGUGUUCCUACGGCGACAGCUGUGGAGUGCGCGAGUGGAAUUCCUACCUGCUGAAGGAUGAUGGAGAAUGGUGCGCGUCUCCAAUUAAAGCAGCCAGGCCCAUGUACCUGCGCACAGCCGCGGAUGGUGCCGCGAGCUCCAUGUUACGGGACCCCAUCCCGCCUCCGACACACUUGCUCAUCCCUCCGUGGAAGGCGGAAGAAGAUGAACGCCGUGAGUUGCACCGGCGAUUCCAGGCCGAAGGCUUGGACUCUCGUCUGCUGCCGGACGCCACGAAGCUCGUCCAUGUUUGGCGAUGGCUCAUGGACGCCGAGACCAACUGCACGUCGCUCAGGUACCAGAUGGAUAAACUCCACCGGCAACAGGCGGCGGAUAUGCAGGACCUGGAACGGUAUGUUGACCAGGUACACAGCCUACUUGAAGAGAAGGUGAGCCGAGUACAGCAGGAGAACCACACACUGCGUCAGGAGCUGGAACCUGCGCGGGAUGCUAGGCUUCUCCUCAUCCACGAGGGACUUUCCGAACUCGCUCAUGCCACUCUUGCUGAGCAGAUGGCAUUCCUGCUCGCCGAGCGAGCGAGGUACAAGGAACAAUUGGAAAUUGAACAGAAGAGGCGGCGAAGCAUCGAGAAAAACAGGAAGAUUGCUGCUAAUGAAGCCACGCAACACCAGCAGCAAUCCUCGCGCAGCCAGAGCGAUGAUAGCGAAGGAGGAAACAGCAAGUCUGAAGCAAACGAAAGAAUAGCAAAACUCGAAGAAGAGCUGAGGAUUGCUAAGACACAAGUCCAGCAGCUGGUCAGCUACAUCCAGAACCCCGAAAACAAAAAGGACGAAUCUCACAAGACAUGGGUUGACAAUAUCCUGGUUGACCAUCAACAGUCGGACUGGUCGGACAGUGAGGUGACUAAGUUAGCGGAGGUACAAGACGAGAACCGAGACCUGCGGGAUAAAGUCUCGUUUCUGGAGAAAACGAACAGGCAGCUGGAGUUGGAUAACGAAACACUUGCCUACAAGCUGUCAGAAGCACUCGCUCAAUACGAUGACUUGGAAAACGAACUGAGGCUGGAGAGAAUGCGACCACAAGGUGGGGCGUCAAGACAAGACUCCCCAUCCAAGUCACGGUUCAACUAUCAGAAGAACACCCUCGACAACAGGAUCAGCAUGCAAAAACAGGAUGCCAUGCUAGUAGAUCAGUUACGCAAGGCGCAGCACGAGGUUGCAUCUCUUCAGAGCCAAUUAACCGCAACUGGACGACAGCUUCAGCUUCUUAUGGUCAGAGGUCAUGAGAGGAAAGCUCGUCACCAGGAAAGGAUACAGAAGCUCAGGGAUGUCUUGGAGCGUGAGACACAGCACGCGGAAGAACGCGAACGGGAAUUGGUGCGGACGCAGACCCACUUGCGGAGGGAAGUGGAACAACGUCUCAGGCUGGAGAUGGACUGCAAGACCUUGCAAGAAGAUAAGCGGCAACUUCUUGAACGGCUGGUAGAUAAAGAUGAAGAGAUCAUCAGGCUGGCUCAAAUGCUGAAUGGUGUGCAAAGGACUCAAGUAACCCUGGACAGAAAGAGUGAUUACAGCACGGACAGUGUGUCUGAGAAAAAUAUGGAAAGCGAGGAACUCAAAGAGUAAAGCACGAGUCCCCCCCCUCCAGAGGCAGAAAGCAAAGGCUGAAGAAUGGUGUUUGUGUAUCUAUGUAUUUAUUGACUAUUUACCGCCGCCCUCGUCAACUUUGUGCUUGUGAAGUGCUUCAAGCAUUUUGGAAGAGGAUCAUCAAAAUGACUCCUCCUUUCUGUGCCAUAUAAUGCAUGAUGUGAUUUCCUGUUGUUUUUUUUUUUUAGAUUUUUUUAUCAUGAAUGUGUCAUCUUCUCGGCAUUAUUUGGUCAUGCUUUACGUCACAGUAAGACAUAUACGAGUAAAAUGGAAUAAAUAAGUGUGAGCGUAAAUGUA